AUUAUUACCAUUAUACCAUCAUACCAUCUACGUAUUCUUCGGAUACAGUUUGAGCGUUCCGUGAUUGCCAGUCUGUAGUACUACAACUACAUUACCCGUCGUCCCUUUCGCCACUGUUGUUCCGUAUUCGAAACUGAUAAACGCAAAAGACUAACCGGGAUUCGCCUUGCCUUCUUCUGCGUUGUCUUAUUAAAAAAUACACUUUUACACAUUAUUUUAUAAUGGCGGACCAGAAGCCGUGUAAGGUGUGCAACUUUUCCCGACAGAAGUCAUACGGUUUGGUCGUCCCUUCUCUCGAGGAACUGAAGACUAAAGGAAUUGAGUUUCUCGGAUUCACACCAAGCGAGCCGGUCACAGUGGUCUUAGAAGACGAUGGGACAAUAGUCGAGGACCAGGCCUACUUUUUGUGUUUACCCACCAACACAAAGUUCAUGCUGCUGCAUGAAAAGGAGACGUGGUCGCCCCUUCGCAGGCUGGAUGGCGGCACAGCGUGGAUGGCGAGGGAUUCAGUGAUUCUUGAGAGUGACGCGGUGGAUGCCGCACUUGCGGCCGCACCUUGGUGGGACCUCGCCAUGCAGCUCAAGAAGGACCUAGCCAGCGUCAUCCUCAUGUCUGAGGAGGACUUACAGAGCUUGGUGGACGUCCCCUGCCCUGAGCUGGCUUCUGCUCUCGGCUUCCGAAAACAGAAGACAGAGAACCUCCAGGAAACAUUGCAGAGGGUUUUGGACCGUCGCGAGGAGGAGAGGCAAUCCAAGGAGUUGCUCCAACUCUUCCUCAAAGCAGUGGACAAAGAAGAGGAAUCGCAAGAAGAGCCAAGGCGGCCCAGCGAGGGAGGAGCUGAAGGUGUAGAUGCCACUGAUGGGAUGGAGUUGGACCAAACACCUGAAUUUGUGCCCAGGACUUUAAUGGUCCUUAAAGGAAAAACCAGCCCAGAGACCCGACUUUGCACUGAAGAUCUUCAGAUGGUGGUGGCCAGAGGAGCUGGGGUCAUGCAGCAGGUGCUGGGUUGGGACAAAGCGAAGACGUCGACGCUGGUACAAGCCUGCGAAGCCGAGCUAAGCCGACGUCUUCAGCAGGUUCAGGCCGCGCAGUCCAUGAGGGGAAGCAUGCCCCAGGUGGACAGCGGGGAGCCGUCCAGCAAGAAGAAGGACAGAAAAGGAAGCGGCAACUAGGCCUGAGCACGGACUGAUAAGAACUCUCGCUGACAGCCUGAGGGCCACUGGAAUGGGUUGACCCUGUGUUACUGAUCCUAUCUUUAAUGCUGGAUUAAGGUUGAUGUUUAUGUUGUGAAUAUUUUUGACUCUCA